AUAUUGCGGAAGAUAUACACUGAAUUUAUGAAUAUACAUUUUACAAGUUAUACUAAAUACGUUUUAAUGUGAAGGUUAACGAGAAUAAUAUAUGAAGUUAUUAGAUUCAAAUUAAAAUUUUUUGGAUUUUAUGGAACUAUUUUCCGUUUGGUGAAAGUUACGAAAAUUGCAAUUUAGUCUCUGCAACUUACAUUUGUUUCAAUCUAUGGGUGCAUUUACGAGCCGACAGAAUGGUGCAGUGGAAGAGGCAGAACAACGUAAUUCAACUCAUGCCUACAAAUAUCCUCCUCGAUCGGGUAAUUUUUUUGGAAGCCAUUUUAUCAUGGGAGGAGAACGCUUCGACACACCCCAACCAGAGUCUUAUUUAUUUGGCGAGAACGCCGAUUUGAAUUUUCUUGGCAGUCGCCCCACAGCGUUUCCUUAUCCCCCUCCUCAAGCCAGCGAGCCAACUAAAACUUUGAAAAGCCUAGUAAACAUACGUAAAGAGUCGGUACGUUUUGUACGAGUUUCACCCGAAAAACAAGAAAUAGUAUCCGCCAAUACACACAUAGAUAAUAUUGAUGGUAAUAUUAUCACUAACGAACUUGGUGGUUGUGGUGAUGGUUCGGCGCAACCCGGAGCUUUCUCUUAUAAUAUCGAGUUCACUUUUGAUUCGGAUGCCAAAUGCGCCAUAACAAUUUAUUACUUUUGUACUGAGGAAGUAAGCCCUAGUGGCGUAACACUUGUGCCACGGGAUGGACUAACAUCCGAAACGUACCACUAUGAAAAAGGUAUAAACCAAUUCUUCUCUCAAACGAGUCACACCUUCAAUCCGCAAUUAAUUCCUGAGGAUGACUUAGUCUACAAUCAGACAAAAGAACAAUAUCCAGUUGCUAUACACUGCGUAGUAGAGGAAGGUAAUGAAGACUGUCGGCAAUCGCAUACAACCAUAUGCGUUAUUGAUCACCAUCCUGAAACAAACAGUUAUGUAUUAAGAGCUCUUAAACAAAAAAUUUUCGUUGAUGGCCUUUGUUACCUACUUCAGGAAAUAUAUGGUAUCGAAAAUAAAGCUGUUAACAAAAGUUCAAUCGAUGAAGAAAUCGAUGACCAUGGCAGUGAAUGUGUUAUUUGCAUGAGUGAGACACGUGACACUCUUAUACUACCUUGUAGACAUUUGUGUCUAUGUAAUUCUUGUGCGGAUUCAUUACGUUAUCAAGCUAAUAACUGCCCCAUUUGCCGUGCUCCUUUCCGAGCACUUCUUCAGAUACGUGCAGUUCAAAAAGGGGUAAGCUCACACACUUUGCAUCAAAAUACACCCACCUCGGCACCAGGAGAACCAGCUCCAUGUGAUCAACACAUACCGCCCGGCUACAUUCCUGUAUCACUUAUAGAAGCACUUAAUGGACCCCCACAGUUUGUGGGUCGACCUCGCCCGAAUGACGGUGAUAUGGCUGAUGGGGUAGCUCUCACCGCUUCGAUGGUAGUUGAGAAUCAUAAGGCAACUUCUCCAUUAAAACCCAACCAACGACGUUCUAAAAUCAAGAAAAAUGUCUCAACUUCUACAAACACGAGUGAAGUGGGUACAAUUACAGCUACAAGUAGCACAACCAACCCUACCCUCUCUGUAGUAGAAAUAACAAAUGAGAGUAAUGUGUGUAGCUCAGCAAAUACAGGAUUUGGGGCAGCAGCACAGAAAAAAACACUUCCGGCCGAUACAGAAACACAGACGAACUCUAGCAAUUCACAAGAUAAAUUACACAUUGUCAAUGAACGUCAGAGUUUAAAGGUGCCAAAAAUGAAACGCACUUCAAAUUCUAAUAGCGCAAAUUCAUCGCCAUCGCAAAAUGAACUUGACACCGAUGACAGUGAAAACGAGAAAUUAUCGCCACUACUAACUCCCGAUAAUAAAUCCAAAUCUACAAAUGUUACGCGAAACAAAGAAGUAAUUGGAAUUAAUAAUGACAGUGAUAAUGAGGUUGCUGAUGUAUUGGAAAUGAAAUCUACCACUUCAUUGAAAAAGAGCGCGACAAGCGGCAAUGCUGAGACUGCGGUCGUCAAUGCAGAUGACUCGGACUAUUACACACCCGAAGACACACAGAACUCCAUUUUAAGUCCCUUAUGUCCUGAAAGGGAACGCGAACGACCCAAAAGUGGAGACAAGUUGGGUAGUCUAAAAGGAAACGCAGGGAGUUUUAAAGGCACCAGCAGCUUAACCAAAAAGAAUCUUCAUAAAAAAUCAACAUCAGUUGGUAACAUAGUUGGUCCAGGCAACACCACAGCCAACUCUGGCAUACCUAGUACUAUAGCUGGCGAUAUGAAGAGCAAUGUGAGCUCUCUACCAGACAUGUUAGAUAAUCCGAUAAGCGUUAAUACAGCCUCUACACGCAGCUCUAGUGACAGCUAUUCGUCGAGUUCGUCAACAAAGCAGCUACUAAGCUCGAAUCCAGCGAAUACAGCAGCUAAUAUAAUAGUCGAUGAUAAGACUGCUUUACAAAACGCAGUUAAUGUUUAAGUGAUUGAAAGUGUGCUAUAAGCCACUUCGUAUUUAAUAUAUUUAUGUCGUACAAUACAUAUACACUAUAUUGGAGAAGGGAA